AUCGCUGAUCAGUCCUAUAAAACCCUUGCUAUAAUGAGCUCAUCAUCUAUUUCUCAAUUCACGGAGAAGAUUCACAUUUGUUCGUAUCGUAUUACAUCACCUUACAAAGCUACAAUGAAGACCGCUGUGUUUCUUGUUGGUUUGCUCUUCUUGGGACUCGUCCUUGCUGACGAGACAGCCGAUUAUGAGUUCGAGGAGAAUGUUGAAAAGCGAGGAUGCAUUGCAACUGGUUCUGUCUGUACGCUCAGCAAGGGAUGCUGCACUAAGAACUGUGGAUGGAACUUCAAAUGCAACCCACCAAACCAGAAGUAGAGUUUGACGCCUGAAAAAUGCCACUCCGACCACAACAUGAAGAAUGUAAAGUGGAAAUAAAUGCAUAAUAUAAUACAGAAGUA